GAGCAGACUACUCACACAAACAAUUUUCGUCGUUCGAAUCGGAUCAAUAUUAUAGCAGCCGCUAAUUUAUUAUUGUUUCAAGCAUGUGUGCGUACGACCCAGACCGCUAAGCCUGUUUCUCUUCAAAAUUUAGUUCCUAGUUCCUAUAUCUCUCCUGUAUUAAUUUAGUCCGUUCCACAAAAUGGACAUGGAAAAAAAGGAAAAAAAUGAACACAAAUUCAAAGGGACGUUAACUCAACUUUUAGCUACUAUCAGCGGUUCCUUAUUCGCAGUCUCAGAUGGCAUGACAUACGGAUGGACCGCCCCCAUGCUUCCUUACCUCAUCAGCGAAAAUAGCCACAUCAAAACAACGAAAGAAGAAGUAGAAUGGCUGGAAACGACACUCAUGGUUGGCUCAUUCUGUGGCCUACCAAUCACUAUCUACCUAGUAGAUAAAAUAGGACGAAAGAAAUCAUUACUAUUAGCAGCAGUGACUUCUCUAAUCGGUUGGACAGUCAUAGCUUUGGCGAAUAAAAUGGUAUACUUACAUGUUGCGAGGUUUUUCUUUGGAGUUAUUGGCAAUAUGUCAUUUGUCAGUAUGCCAAUGUAUAUUGCAGAGAUUGCUGAAAGUAAAAUUAGAGGAUUUUUAGCCUCUGUAGUAUAUCUUCAGAUGUUGGUUGGAUUCGUAAUUUUAUACAGCGUUGGGCCUUACUUGCCUUUCUAUGUUACACCAAUUAUUGCGGGAGUCGUACUUAUUAUCGAAUUGUGUAUAUUUUCCUGGAUGCCUGAAAGUCCCUACUAUUUACUUUUUAUGAACAAAUAUGAUGAGGCAAAGAAAUCUUUGCAGUACUUCAGACCCAACAUGGAUAUAACUUUGGAAUUAAAAAACAUAACGAAAGCAAUAGAAAGACAGAAGACAGAAAAAGGAAGGAUUCAAGAUGUAAUUAUGGUUAAAAGCAACCGCAAAGCUAUAAUUAUAAUGGCCGUCUUAAACGGCGGACAACAUAUAGUUGCCAUUAGUGUUAUACUUAUGAACUUACACGUUAUUCUAAAUUCUGCUGGAUCGAUUUAUAUGGAUUCCGCACAUGCUGGUAUCUUAUUUGCUGUGAUAAUGCUCAUAUCUGCUAAAAUCGCUUCCUUACAAGUAGAUAAAUAUGGCAGGAAAGCGCUUCUGCUCUUAUCCACAGUACUUACAGCUUUUUGUCUUCUAGCUCUAGCUGUUUAUUUUAAUUUAAAACAGUUGAACUACGAUGUAGCUAAAGUGAGUUGGAUUCCUAUAGUUUCUGUCAUGAUUUAUGCAGCUACUUUUAAAAUAGGUUUAGGUAUAGUACCAAUUGUGAUAACUGCUGAAAUAUUUCCUGCCAAAAUUAAGGCUUUGGGGAUGACCAUAGCAGAUGCUUUUUAUGUCAUAGGCGCUAUAAUUAGUAUUCAGUUGUACACUUGGUUGGAAUAUUCUUAUGGUAUGCACGCACCUUUCUACGUGUUCACCAUUGGCAGUUUCCUUAUUGCAAUAUUUAUUGUGAAAUGUAUUCCAGAAACCAAAGGGAAAACUCUGGAAGAAAUUCAAUUUUUGUUGAAAGGAGAGGACUAUUUAACAAUGACCAAGAGUGAUCCGUUGUUAAAUGGAACUCCUUAAAAUCAAGUAAUAUUGAUUAGGUAGAUUAAUUAUUUAAUUAAUUAUUACAUUUUUAUUUUAUAAAUAACAAUGUUUUUAUAAAUAAAUUUAUUUUUGUUAGUCCAUUGAUUUUUUUAUAUCUUCUGUUAUUUUCAUUUAUUUUUGGUUUGAAAAUGAAAGCACCUUUGUAUUUUUUAUUUUGGUAACUUAAAUUGAAAAUAUUCUUAUUAGGUAUGAAAACAUAAUUAUCCGAACUUGUUUAAAAUAUAGGGUAACUUAUGAGUAGCGUUAUUAUUUUUAACAGAUUGCUUCUUGGACUACAAUGAUUUAAUGUUUAAUAAAACUUCUAAAUUUAAGCCGUAACUGAUGAGGUGGGGUUUCUCAAACCCCACCAAAUCUAAAAAUCAUCACCACGUACUAAAUAAUAGCGGUAGGCCCACUCCCGUCUGUGUAGUUUUCGGUUAGUUAUUCUUCAGUACUCUAGCUGUAACUACGAUACGCGACAUUUUUUCCGGUGUAUGAUACUACAACUUUUGUACCAACUGGGGUUUGCGGGACCUCACCUCAGCAG